GCGGGGCGCCGAGCAGCGUGGGGUGGCGGGGUGCCGGGGCGAGCUCCGCCCCGCAAGCCUGCCCUGCAAGGUCGCCCCUCCUGGGAGGCGAGGGGGGCUGAGUGGCGAGAGCCGCCCAUUGCACGCUUUCCGGGUCGAUAGUGGCACCUCCUUAUUCCCAACCAGCCGUAUGUAGGAUUGCCGUCUUCCUAUAGAGACACUCACAUUUUGGGAGGUACAGAUUUGUUGGAACUACUGAAAAAAACAUGGUUUCUACUCCAGUAGAUCCUCAGGCUUCUUCAACAGAAAAUAAGAGCCAGAACUUACUCAAUUAUCCAACAUAUCUUAAUACUGAAGACAUUGAAAAUAUCAAUCAACAAUGUAAAGAAGAAAGUUUCUGGUACAGAGCGCUUCCUCUGUCUCUUGGAAGUAUGCUUAUUGCUCAAGGACUAGUUACUAAAGGUGUUAUCAAGACUGGUUCCUUGAAUACAGUAGUGUGGACUACCUGCACUCAAAUACAGAGCAUUGGGAAAUCCACAAAUCAGCCCUUCAAGGUAGGCCCGGUGAGGAAGCAGACAGCCCAAAGAUUCCAGGAAUGCCAUCUUAUUGUUUUGUUGGUGCUUUGGCGUUUUUUGCUGGGAAAAUGUCGUAUAUUAAAAAAUGCACCCAGAAUUUUAGAAGUGUUCUUCUGCCACAGGGACCAGAACAGAACAGGAAAAGUUCUCCCACAGAUGAAGAAUGCAAAGCAAAUCUUCAAACAAAAAAAUCAGAUACUUCUAUUUCUUAAGACAGGUACACGUUACUAAAGUUAAUAUUUUAAUCACAUUGAUGUAUCUCCAUUCUUACCUUGCAAAUAGAAAAUUAUGAUAAAUAUUGGAAUAAAAUGAUGAUUCCUGUGCACUGGUAUAUCUGGUUCUUUUCUCUAAAUACAAAGAAUUCUCGUUUUUCAUGGUAGUUAUGUUCUGUAAAAUUGCCGCAAAUAUUGAAUUAGUGAAUGCUGAAACCUCAGCUGGGAACCUGUGUGUCAGGCAAUUUUGCCACUCCGCAUGUCCAUGAAUAAGCAUUGUAAGUAUCAAUUUUGUGGUUACAAAUAAAGUUUUGCAAGUAAGCAAAUUCACAUAUAUGGAGUCUGUGAAUAAUGAGAAUUGCCGGUAACAUGACUGGUUGUCAGUUAAAUUGACAACGG